GGGAGUGACGUCACAGCAAGCGUCCGGAGGCCGAGCGGAGCGGAGGGUCCGAUGCUAGAGCCGGCGGGUACUGAAAGCAGUGCAGGGCCUCCGGCGCCAUGUUCGGCUCCAGUCGCGGCGGCGUGCGCGGCGGGCAGGACCAGUUCAAUUGGGAGGACGUGAAGACUGACAAGCAGAGGGAGAACUACCUGGGCAACUCUCUGAUGGCGCCAGUAGGCCGCUGGCAAAAGGGCCGCGACCUCACCUGGUACGCGAAGGACCGCGCGCCGUGUGCCGGCCCGAGCCGCGAGGAGGAGCUGGCGGCGGUGCGCGAGGCGGAGCGUGAGGCGCUGUUGGCUGCACUCGGUUACAAGAACGUGAGGAAACAGCCCACCGGCCUGAGCAAGGAGGAUUUCGUGGAGAUCUGCAAACGGGAAGGAGGCGAUCCUGAGGAGAAGGGCGUGGACCGGCUGCUGGGCCUAGGGAGCGCUAGUGGCUCCGCGGGCCGCGUGGCGCUUUCCCGAGAAGAUAAGGAGGCUGCCAAGCUUGGGCUGUCAGUGUUCACGCACCAUCGCGUGGACAGCGAAGGCCCGAGCACUGCCCCAUCUGCUACCAGGAAGAAGCCUCGUGCUGAGGACAAGGCCGAACUGGAUGCAGAGAGCCAUAAGAAAAGCAAGAAAGAAAAGAAGAAAAAGAAGAAGAAACACAAGAAGCACAAGAAGAAGAAAGACAAAGAACACAAGAGGGAGGCUGACAGCUGCUCAUCAUCUCCCUCUCCUGCCAGGCCCAGACGCCAGAGACACUCUGACUUCUCCCCUUGCUAUAAGAGGAAGCGGGGACAUAGCCAGGACAGUGGAAGGAGCCCAUCCCGCAGACGACAAGACAGAGGCUCUGAUGACUGAGAAUAUGUCUAGACCAAAGGACACCAGAGCACUUGGGCUGGGACCCUGCACUCACUAAGCUCUGGGGGAAUCUAUAGAGUAGCCACUGGCUGGAUGACAAGUGGCUAACAACAACCUCUUCUACUUGCCCAGAUAAGCAUCUCAUCCCCAUCUGGGGUAAGGCAGGUGGCUGCUCUCUGGUAGGCUCCUGAGCUGGAUGUUGGGAUCUAUCUUGCCAUUUAGAGGCAACUUUUGUGGCAACCACUCUAGGUCCUACCUACAGGAGUGAGUCCUGGGUGACCAGAGCCUACUGGUUUUAUGAGGGUAGUACCCUUGCCUUGCCCCAUGCCAAGGAAGAUAAAAUUGCCCAGGAGACUGUAGCUAGACUCCUGUCUCUGCUGCCAGGGUCCAGGUCCUUGAGGUUUAGGGGUGUGUGUGUGUACAUCUGAUUACUUCUACUUUUUGUAUCAAUCCACUUUGUACUUAAGUAAAUGUAUUUUAAAAGUA